AUGCCUCCUAUCCAGCGCAGACAGCACAUUGCCGGUUUUACUCCAUUAGAGAAAUACAAAUUGUGUAAAUUGAGAGAGCGAUUUCCAAACUUGAAAUUAUCUUUAUUUGCACUUUUGGAAGAAUGCCCAAGACGUCCAGAUGGGCGGCCCCUUGCAACAUCUAGUCUCUCGGACCAUUUGAAGGGAUGGGAAAAGAGGGCAAAAGAAGAUCCACCAAGCGGUCCGGAUUCAAAGAAGAAGAAAUCCAGGACCGCCCAAUAUCCAUUUUUUGAGCAUUUUCUUGCACUUUGGAUAGAUGCGGCAGAAUCAGAACGAAUUGCAGUUACAGAUGAUAUAAUCCGUUCGCAGUCAAAGACAAUUCAAAAAGAGCUUCUGAAUGCAGGUGUUCUUGAAAACUAUGAGUCUUUUGAGUUGUCAGGGGGGUGGUUGACCAACUUUAAGGGGAGGUACAAUAUCGGUCGCUUAAAACGACAUGGGGAAGCUGGUCAAGUCGACGAAACCAUGCUACCUGUAUACAGGGAGCGACUAGCAGAGCAAUUAGCACCAUUUGCCCCACCAGACCGAUAUAAUUGCGAUGAAAGUGGUUUGGUUUACAAUAAACAACCACAAAGCUCAAACGUCAAAAAGGACAAGGGAAAACAGAUCACCGGUUCGAAGGAUUCAAAAACGCGUAUUUCAACAUUUCACAUCGUUAAUUCUACAGGAACCGAUAAAAGAAAGCUUUGGGUGAUUUCGAGAGCAAAAGAGCCGCAUGCAUUCAAGAAAAACCGCAUUAACAUCGCCAAUUUGCCUGUUGUUUACCGAUAUAAUAAAAAAGCCUGGAUGUUGACUGGGUUGUGGUAUGAAUUCCUACGGACAUUUAACCAACAAAUGAGGAUUGAGAAUCGUAACGUAGCUCUUGUUACUGAUAAUUGUCCUACACAUCCGCACCCGCUUCACCCUCCUCAGAACUACAAUGGCCCAACUCCCCCUGUUCUAACGAACAUAACUCUUAUUUACCUUCCACCAAACACUAUAUCAAGACUUCAACCUUUAGAUCAAGGAAUAAUAAAAGCAUUCAAAUCUGCUUAUCGCCGUCAAUAUGCAGACAAUAUGGUACAGUACUUCAACAACCACGGAGUUGCUCCUGAGAAAAUCAAUAUUUUGCAAGCUGUGCAUUUAAUAUCAAGCGCAUGGGAUGCGCGACCCGAAGACCAAGUGCAAUAUUUUGUUGCUUCCCAGCGCACCCAUUGUCAGAUUGCUAUGCGCCGCAUUUUUGACCCUCUAUCAGAUUUUCAACUACCCGACCCUACAUGGGCAGAAAGAUUUGAGGAGUUUUUUUCCUUGGACGAAGAUGCUGUUCAAGAGAGUACCGAUUCAGAAAUCAGAGGGAAUGCACUACCAAGCACAUCCCAACUGGUAAAGGCAGGUAUCGCAUCAGGCAUUCUCCUGCAAGAUCCGUCCCUACUUGACCAAUAUGACAGCAUGGAUAAUGAAGAAUCCGAAACCACGAGCACACAGGUAGAAGUUGACGAUAUUCCAGCUGCUUUAGCAGUUGUUACAACUGAAGGUGCAAUCCAUUAUGCAUCAGAGCUUUCCCGCUACCUCCAGUCUCUUAAAACGACAGAGCUGUACAGUAACGGGGGGAAGAGGCUCGGGGUUGAUGACUUGGUCAAGCAAGUAUCUGAGCUGAAAGUUGCUCUUGUUUGUCACAAGCAUACUGCGUAUGUCCAUCAAACCAAAAUUAAUAGGUAUUUUACGGGCGCGUUCCGCGAAUACAGAGAGAAUCCAGCAACUGGACCAUCUGUUGUUAUAAGAGAAUGGGCAUUGGUAGAAGAUGAUAUACCAUUAAGAUAUUCCAUGUCUUCCAGUGAUGUUGAGGAGGACGAGGACCCUUACUUAACUUCUCCAGUUGUCUGGAGCGGGAGUGGUAUCGAUGCAGCGUACGAGAGGCUUGCAAAUUGA